CUUCAGUCUUGUUUCUCUGGUUACAGGAAGAACAAGAAUUUGGCGGAUAUUCGAUCAUUCAUCCAAUCAGUUGCUUUUACUGGAUACAAGAGAUAUAACGUUGGAAUCGACUAAUUUGUAUCUUCCAUUGUACAAGAAGAAUUUUGUUCUGCGAUAUACAUCGACAAUAGAGAUACAAAUCUUGGGUAGAAAAAGCAAAUUCCAGGACGAACGUUGAAAUGGAUUAUAAGAUGAAGGAGAAUAUGAGCCACAUACAGAUCUCUUUACCUAAUUACUCGUACGUCUCGAAUUUGGAAAAAAAUUUUAUUUUUUUGGAUACCGUGAUGCCAAUGAACGACCAUUUCCCAUACUGCUUCGUAUAUUGUGCUAUCUACGUCAUUCUAGUUUUUUCUGGGAAGUAUUACCUAUCAGACAAGCCAAAGUUCGAUCUAAGACGUUGGCUUGCUUUAUGGAGUUUGAUGCUUGCGACCUUCUCCGUCCUUGGCUUUCUUCGAAUGGGAACAGAAAUGUACCACACUUUAAGCAAUUAUGGGUUCUCCUAUAGCGUUUGCGUUCCAAGUUACCUUACGCGAGACUCCGUAACAGCCUUUUGGGCAUUCUUGUUUACCUUGUCGAAGAUAGCAGAACUCGGUGACACGAUCUUCAUUGUGUUACGAAAGCAACCAUUAAUAUUUUUACACUGGUACCACCAUAUAACGGUUCUUCUUUAUACAUGGUAUUCAUACGUGGAAACUUCAGCGACUGGCAGAUGGUUCAUGACGAUGAAUUUCUUCGUUCACUCGUGGAUGUAUUCUUAUUACGCUCUUAAAGCGAUGGGAUUCAGAAUACCAAAAUGGAUAGCCAUAAUAGUCACUACGCUACAAUUGAUACAAAUGAUUGUAGGUUGCGCUAUAGUUUUUGCAGCGUACUACUACAUGCAGACCAACGAAUGUAACGUUACACUUUACAACAUCAAAAUUUCGAUGCUGAUGUACCUCAGCUAUUUCAUUCUAUUCGCUAGAUUCUUCCAGCAGGCUUAUCUAUCUAACAAACAUGGAAACAAAGCCAAAAAGGCAAACAAUGACAAAGUCAAGAUAAAAUAAAACACCAAAAUUUUGGAAGACCUUUUGGUAGUCUUUAAAGAUUUUCUUGAAGACACAGAUGUGCGAUAAUAUUAGCGAUAAGUAUUAGUUGUACACCUAAUUUAGCAAUCAAUUUUAUGAUUACUAGUUUAGUAGGAUUAACGUUACAUAUAUUAUCAAUGAAUUAAUAAGGAUCUCCUUGAAAUUCAAAAGGAUCUCUUGACAAAUUUUUAUGAAGUUUAUGAUAAAAGAGUUUGUAAGUAUAAUAAUAUUUAAAAACGUAACAUUUCAAAAAUUAAUAACAUUAUGCUAUGUUUUAUUUAUAACUAACAGAGAUAUGCACGAUUGUAACGAUUGUGAAAAAUAUCAUCGACUUUUUAUCAGAAAAGUUUCGAAUUGUUACUUUUCUAUAGCGAAAAAUAUUAAUUAUUAUUAAUACUCCACAAACUAAAGAUAAAUUUAAGAUUUCAAUAUUCUAUAAUUUCAUACGCAAAUCUGAGACAAUACACACGCUUGUUCGAAUGAAAAUUUCGAAUGACACUUUGUAUAAUUCAAUUGCCAGAUAGUGUUACAGCGAAUUGUAAGAGUUUGCGUUUGUAUUUAUUUAAUUUAAGAGAAAAGAGAUCAGUGGACUAAAUUAUCAGAUAUUGCGUAUGUUCUUGCAACAUAUCGGUUGAAAAAUGCGAAGUUUGAGGAUCAUUGCGCCUUAGGCUAUACUUUUCAUUCGUUCAUGUAAAGAGGAUUGCCAACUCACAGGGGCAUUUUGAUUAAUUUUCAAACGUCAAUAUCUAAUCAACAAAAUCCCAGACGCAAUGAUCUUUAUUCUUCAUUUCCGUCGUAUUUUCGCUUGUAAAAAUACAUAUCACUUAAAUUUUAGGCUAUUUUCAUUUCGUCACCCUGUAUAUAUCGUUCUUUCUCGAUGGAAUCAUGUAUCCUAAUCAAUACUUAUAUAAUAUGUAACGCACGAAAAUUUGUAUAAAUAUAUGAAAUUUCAUUAGCACUGUAAUAAAACAGCACUAACUUGAUUACAAUAGGAAAAUUUGAAACUUA